GUACAUCCUCACCUGUCCAUCCCAAAUAAUGGACGCCUGUCCACUUCCCCCACCGAGCGUACGACGCCUGUACCUGAAUCAAGCCGCGUCGCUCAAGUUGUUCCGACCCCAACUCGCGUCAUCUCUUUCCGUUCCGUCUCGUCUCACUGCCCAAUUGACACCACCGCCCACACACACACGCGCUCUGAAUCUCCCUCCCUCUCAUUUCUCGUACUCUCAGACACCUACACACAUCCGUACCCGCACCACCACUACCACCUGUUGACGCCUGUCCGUUGCCUACCUUGCUCUGGCGAGCCCACGCCUUCCUUAGUCACACCAUACCACACCGCACACGCUCUCGCAAUUCUGCCUUACCUGACCUCAGGUAUCUCAUCUAAACAGCAACGCGCGCCCGCGUCACAUUACUUCGCAUCGUAUCGCAUCACGACACCGCAGCACCACCACCAGUAACCAGCAGUAACGCAUCACGUUGCAGCACCGCAUAUCUUGAGCUGCCAGCCAAUUCAUCGUCGUCGUUCAACCCUUCUCUCACGGAUCGCCCGAGUCAACAAUCGCCAUGGCUGAUUCCGGCGACACCUAUCGACCUGUAAGUCGGGAGAGAUCUCGGUCCCCUCGACGUGGACGUUCGCGCAGUCCCAACCGUGCUUCAAGACGCCGUUCAUUUUCUCCUCGGAGCCGAUCCCGUAGUAGAGACGAAUACCGUGGACGGAGAGAUCGAUCCCCCAUGACUGGAACCGGAGCUCCAUCUGGAGGAUCUAGCACCGGGUUCGGAGGAGCACCGCCGCACCGAUCGUACGAGGAGCGCGCAGCCGCCCGCGAGCAAAUGAUGAGCAAUAUUAGGGAGACGUCUCAGCAGGAUCGCCGCGUCUACGUCGGCAACCUAUCCUACGAUGUGAAGUGGCAUCAUCUCAAGGACUUCAUGCGACAGGCCGGAGAAGUUCUCUUCGCCGACGUGUUACUACUUCCAAAUGGAAUGUCGAAGGUGGGCUUCUACACGUAGUCUAUGGCUGGUUUUUCUUUUGUGGACUCUUCCCUCUGGCUAUUGAU